AGCACAGCGUAUGCGCACACAGUCUGCUUGAAAUGCUAAAUUCAUCCAUUCCUGCGUGAACAUAAUUUUUGUUACUUUUUAAAACAUUCCUGUGAGUUUAAAAAUAAGUAUAUAGUUUUAAUUUCUUUACCUCCAUUUUUAUUGUAUUGUCAAUAUGCUCUGUCUCGCUUCUCACCUUUUUUCAUGAAGAAUUCAUAUUUCUAAUCAAUAUUUAACUCCAAGCACACCGCCGGUACUUGGGGGGAAAUGACGCGUGGCGCUUAACUUCGCGUAUUUUUGAAAACGCCCUGAAAAUGACUAAAAACAUCCCCUCAGAAAAAUCAACGAUCCUCACAUGUUACACUCUAAAUAUGUGCAUGAAAUUUCCAUAUAAGGAUAUCGUGACCUUUCCGAUCAUGACCCUGUAUUCUGCUUCCGUGGAAACCAAUUUAUGGUCACACCGCAGGCGAUUUUACCGUGUGGCUUGGAUUCUUCAUAUCUCCGGUAUUCAAGUGUAUUUCCGAAGAGUGAAGUACUUGUUGUAAAGGUUAGGAGUUACAUUUUUUAGGGAUGAUAUUAUUUUGUCCUGAAAAUGAGUGUAACUAGCAAGGAAAUGGCUUUGAAUUGAGCAAACCAAAUUUUGGUUCACGAUUUCGAGGUACUACGCGCUUGACUUCAAUCAUGGCAUCCGCUGACUUCAGCGCAGAACAUACACGAAUACUCCAACUCACCGGAUGGACUGCCGAUGAAAUUCACUCUCUUGUACACGAACGGAAAUGUCCUGAUCACUGGUGGGAGGACCCAAGGCCUACUUUUGGCUUAAUGGAAAUCAUCAGAAAAUGUGUUGAUGACACUGAGAGCUUGAGCUUCCGGAAAGACUUUGUUAAUAUUUUGAAGAGCAUGGGCAUCAAAGAACCUAACUGCACAUUACCUGGAAUCCUGUCCAAAGUGAAACGCAGUGCUUUAAAAGCAAUCAGUGCUGAUAACUUAGAAUCCCUAUGUGAAGAAUAUACAGACUUGUCUGGGUCUAAUCGUGUUAUUGGUUCAGCAUGUCAGCAAUUGGGAAUUACUCCUGGUUUGUUGAAAGAAGGAUGCAGUAAUUUACAAGGAGAUAUCUCAAAUGGAAUCAUUGUAGAGCUAUUUCAUUAUCGUAGAAAUAAAUUUCGUUUUUACUCAAUGUAAUUGCAUUUAUUGCAUGAAUCCACCAAUUACAAUUAUGUUCAGGGAAUAACACUAAUGUACAAAUUAUUUUUACUCAGUACAUGUUUAUAGCUGCUCUUUUUGUAGUAAAUCAAGAUUACUUCAUCUUUUGCAAUACAUAAAAACAUUGAAUUGUAAUAUUUCCUGCCAUAUUGAGACACUAGUUUGUGGUACAUAUAAUAUGAAUGUCUUUCAAAAUUUUGUACCAGUCCACCAAUUAAUUUUUUACUCUUACACUUUAUACAAACCUGCAAUCAAAAAUCUACCAGGCAGAUUUUGGAAAAUUCUAAUGAAACAGCAUCUGUUAUAUUAUUGUUGUGCUAAAAAAAAAACUCAAGUUCAAUGAAUGAGGUAGAAUAUCUUAUGCAGACUGUCCAAUGGCUUUUACUAUGCCUUGAAUGCCCUCUUAUCCCUUCUCAUCAGGUUGUCCGCUCAUUUGUGUCUGGCUGCAGUUUCCCCUUUCUCGAUUUGAUUCCCUUGGCUGUUGCUCAUUGUCCUUGUCAUGACCUACUUGAAAUGGGAUGAAGAUUACAGUUAUUUUUUGUUAAAUUGUUUGAAGUCAGAAUUCAUAGAAAUGUAUUAAACAUCAAUGUUAUUAAAAAUUCAAUUUAUUAUGCUAAAAUUGGGAAUAUAUUAAAAUAUCUAAUGAAACAGCA